AUUCUCCCUCCCACAUUUAGCCAUGGAAUCCACAUUACAUGAGUUUAUUGCCAAUCUAACUGCUUUAGCAGAAGACGCUCCUUCUCAAAAACCUACGCCUACUUUGACGUGGGUUAAUGUAGCUAUUGCUUCUUCUUUUAUCCUUGUCAAUGGUGGAAUAUCUCUUGUUUUGGGAUUACAGCUUGAAAAGACAUUAAUAAUUGCUGCUAUUCGAUGUUUAGUUCAAUUAACCUUGAUGGGCUAUGUGUUAGAAGAUGUAUUUAAGGCUCGACACCCUGCCCUUGUCAUGUUAAUGACUUUUGUUUUAAUCUUCCUUGGGGCCUAUGAAACAGUUUAUAAUAAAUCGAAACAGACAUAUAAAGGAAUGUUCUUUUCUGUUCUGGUGUCGUCGGGUGUAUCAACCUUGUUGGUGGGUGUGAUUGGUGCACGAUAUGCUAUGGGUCAAGACCCCUUUUGGACUCCAGAGAUCUUCAUCCCAACCAUGGGUAUGUUGUUAGGUAAUUCGAUGAGUGGAAUGGCCGUUGGCUUAAGUACCUGCUUAUCAAGUGUUGGCACUCAUAAAGAGCAUAUUGAAACAUAUUUGGCUUUCGGAGCUAGCCGAUGGGAAGCAGGCCAAGCUGUAGCUAUUGAAGCCGUCAGAUUAUCCAUGUUACCAACAAUUAACCAAAUGUCAGUCAUUGGUUUAAUUGCUAUUCCCGGCAUGAUGACUGGUCAAUUAAUAUCAGGUACACCAAUGAAAGAUGCUGUCAUGUAUCAGCAAAUCAUCAUGUUUAUGAUUUCAGCAAGUACAGCACUAGGUGUUCUUAACGCUGUCGUGUCUUGCAUUGCCGUCAUGAUUGACAGUCGUCAUCGACUUCGACCCGAAAGAAUCAUCCAUAAACAAGCAAGUUUAUUCCAAGAUAUCAAGGAACUUUUCAAAAAUAUCUGGAGUGGGCUGGUGUACGUGUUCUGUUGCUUACAUUUUAAGAACAAGAAGAACCGUGAUUAUGAUUUAAUAGAAGAAUCACCUUCAAAUGAAGAUGAUGAUCAACAACGUAGACCUUUAUUAACUAAUUAGAUUAUACAUUUACUUUUACCCCACCCCACCCCUUCCUCUCCCCCACCAUUCCUUGCAUUAAACAAACAUUUUUUGGAAUUCAUAGCCAUAUUCAGCAUGUGCCAAUGUUCUCUUAAACCCCCAUAAAUAUCACAGCAAAAAAAAGUGACGGCUCAUGUCAAAAAGAAAAAAAAAAAGAAA